UUCACACAAGCCUUCCCUUGUUGAGAGACUCUAUGAUGUCAGACUGACAGUAAAACAGUGCAGAUAUUAUAUUUCAGUUUUUCCCCCUUUCAUCAGUUUUCCAUGUGCUUUUUGGUCUGUUUGCAUCUCUCCUCACCAGUUGCUGCCUGCAUUAAAAUUUCAGUGUAAUUUGCAUCUGUGCUGUUCAGUUUCUGUUGGGAGGAGCCAGCUGAGGUAUGUGCAUCUGCGUGAAUCAGAGGGUGGGUGUCUCCAGCACAGGAGGGCAGCAGAAAGCAAUAGAGUUGGAGAAAUGAGUGUGUGUGGGGGACAAAGAGAAGAAGCACGGGAGAGGAUUUAAUGCCUUAUGCUCCCCUCUUACAAGCGAGUAUAACCAACAGCCUGCCGUCUGAUGUUCAACAUGGUGUUCACCCCCAAUGUCUCUGAGGGUCCGUUAUUCUGCCCACUGCUGAAGCGGAUGAGAGAAGACAAUUUAAACAACAACACACAGGUCAACCUGGUCGUGGUUUGCAUCCAUGGCAUCUUCUCCUCCCUGGGAAUUUUGGAAAAUGCCUUGAUCAUUUGGGUUUUGGGAUUUCGCCUCCGGCAUCGAACAGUGGCCUCCAUUUGGAUGCUUAACCUGGCCAUGUCUGACUUCCUGGCCACCCUGACUCUACCGUUCUUCACCUUCUACUUUUAUUCCUCCCACAGCUGGGAGCUCGGAUACCCACUCUGCAUAGUACAAACUUCCAUCUUUUUCUUCAACAUGUUUGUUUCAGCCUUCCUACUGGCAGCCAUUUCAUUGGACCGUCUGCUUCUAGUUUCCAAGCCAGUGUGGAGCAAGAAUCACAGGUCGGUGGCAGGAGCUUGGAAGGUGUGCGCUCUGGGCUGGCUGUGGGCAGCGUUAAAUACCCUACCUUAUUCCAUAUUUCGUUCAGUGAUUGUGAAGACUGAUGGGAGGAAGCUAUGCUACCAUAAUUUUGCUUUGUAUUUAUCCAGUAAGGAUUCAUUAAAAAUGGACUGUAAUGUGAGGCAGGGGGCAACAGCCAUCUCCAAGUUACUGUUAGCUUUCGUCUUCCCUCUAGUGGUCAUUGCAGGGAGCUACAUCAAAAUUGCCCUAAGCCUGAGAAACAGACACAGAAGGAGAAAGCAGAGUACCGGCAGACUGGCUGAUAUGCUGACUUUGCCUGGCUACGAUGCACAUUCAGGAAUGGUUAAAACAAAUGACGUUAAGUCUUUGACUUCUGGUUCCUCAUUUAAGUCCAAAUUAAACAACCUGUCUCCCGUCAUCUCCAGUCCGUCAUAUCAGAGCCUGGUGAAACUUUCUCAAAGUUUCACCAAAAUGGUGACGUCUGUGAUUGCAGCAUUUGUGCUGUGCUGGGCUCCUUAUCACAUUUUCUGCAUUCUAGAAAUGACAGCCCAGUACAAUGAAAAAAUCCUCAAAUUAGUGCAAGAGGGCCUUCCAGUGUCUGCAACGUUUGCUUUUCUGAAUCCAGUUUUGAACCCUGUCCUGUACGUCUUCAGCUGCCCCCACUUCUGCGUGAGAAUACGACAGAGUCUGGGAGCAGUGUUUGAUGGGCUUGUGGAGGAGGGUGAGGGGUUACUGAUGACUCCGGCCAGGAACCUGCAAGCUUACAUUAGGCGGAGGAAUAGUCGAGAUGUGAGCUUUGCACCACCAGGGUCACCAAAGUCACCAAAAUCUUCAUCCUACCAGCCUCCUGGUGCACAACUACCAUUGCAUCUGCUCUCUAAAGACCUUAGAGGCAGUCAAACAGAUCAAACAGCACAAUAAGUGGAAAAUGGGAUGGUGACUAGCUAAAACAUCGCUCUCUUCUUUGAGAUCAUACUUUUAUCAUAUAUAUCAUACUAUUCUUAUUGUGAUACUAAGGAUGAAUCCAAUUUUACACCUUAUCUGCAAAGGAUAAAAAGCUUGCUGAACAUGUUUCUUUUUUUGUUUGCAUGAUGGCCUAUGUCCUAUUACAAAGUUAGCAUAAAAAUAUCAAAAAUAAAAUAUAUAUCUAAAACAA